CUGUACUUAGUGCUUGUAUUUAAGUACUACUGAAGGUACCUAAAUCAUAACUAACUUUAAAAAAAAAUUUAAAAAACUGCAAGUACUUUUUCAAACUGUCCCGGAUUCUGGUUCGUCCCCAGAAACCACUGUCCUGGGUUGGGCACUUUAGGCGCUCAUUUCCAGCUGCCAUGGGCUUUUUUCUGUUCCUGCUGUUCCACCAGCCAGGGAGGGUGGUGGCCCUGCCCUCUUCAUUUCUGAUUGGUCACUGCAACAGGUCCAGCCUAUUGGAGGGGUGAGUCAGUAUGGGGGAGGGGGCAGAGCAGGCAGACACAUACCUCUCCGUGUCCUGCAUUGAGAAAACAAGCCCAGUAGCUGCUUACCCUGCAGGGUGGGAUAAGAAAUGCCUGCCAGGCACUGGGCAUGCUCCAAUGCUGAAGGGGCUAUUGGGAAAUUGAGGCCUAAGGAAUUGUUUUGUCAACUUCUGCCUAGUGCCACCACUACCAGUCAUUGUAUCAUUGAUUAUACUUCCUGUUUCAUUUCCUUUUGAAUUGUAAAUAUUCUUAGUCUUCUUUAAUCUGGAAAUAUCUCUUCAGUCACUAAUGGUGUGUGAAAAUAAAGUGUUGCCGAUUGUAGUGAGAACUUACUUCUCAGAUGUUGUUGAAGAUGAUGGGAACUUUAUUGAAGCAGUUUGUAGUUUGUGCAAACCAAAAAGAAAGACAAUUCACAGACAAGAUAAGGCACCCUCAGAUUUCACCAAACAUGCAGAAAAGUCAUGGAGAAAAGGACUUUGGAUGUAAGCAAACUAUUGAUGACUUGUUCACAGCAUCUGGGGCAACCCCAAAGUGAAAGACCCCCAGUUUUGAUACUUUUCUGCAGCAAUUACUCUGUGAUGGAGCAGUGUCCAAAGAAAAUAUAAACAAACUAAUUCUCAGUUUUAUUAGUGAUAUGCUGACUCUGUCAACUGUUGAAGGGUGUGGCUUUCGCACUUUAUUUAUUGGAAUUAUUCCCAAAACUGCUGUCAUGUGAACUGAAAAAAUAAAGAUUAAACUACUGGGACAAUACAGCUUGGUUCUUGAAAGCAUAAAAAACAAAUUGGCAUCUCUACGUUAUGUUUGCAUGACUGGAGAUGUGUGGACACAUCAGGCAAGAAGCUACGUGGGUAUUACCUGUCACUGGAUUGACUACUAAUCCAACAAGAGUCCGCAGUCUUAGGCUUCCAUCACUUUGUUGGAACACAUUGGUAACAAUAAGAUCACUUCUCUUUUGGCUCAGAUCCACUCACAGUUUGAUCUGGAUUCAAGAAAAAUAACGCUUGACAAAGACAGUAUUAGCAAUUUUGUUAAAGCCUUCAAGCUGUUUUCAGGACCUGGAGUGUUGGAGGAUGAUGCUGAUAAGGAAGUGGAGGAGGAUGCUAGUAAACAAGUGGACACCCCACGUUCUGAUAGAUGUAGCCAUGGAUUUCCAGUAAGGAAUGUCCGGCCUGUACAAAACACAAUGAAUCAGGUUGGAAUUGUUCUGAACGUACAGCAAGGCCAAACAGUUAGACCCAUUACCCUAGUCCCAGCCCCAGGUACCCAGUUUGUUAAACCAACCGUUGGAGUUCCUCAGGUUUUCUCUCAAAUGGCCCAGGUGAGACCAGGUACAACCAUGCCGGUGCGACCCACUACCAACACUUUCACUACGGUCAUUCCGGCCACGCUUACCAUCAGGAGCACUGUACCACAGUCCCAGUCACAACAGCAAAGUAAGUCCACUCCCAGCACCUCCACAACUCCUACUUCAACGCAGCCAACAACACUUGGACAGUUAACUGUGCAGCAGCCAGGGCAAUCCAGUCAAGCUACUAACCCUAAAUUAGUGAGUAUUGCAAGCUUUGUGACUGUGAAGAGACCUGGAGUAACUGGAGAGAACAGCAAUGAGGUUGCUAAGCUGGUGAACACACUGAAUACCAUUCCUUCAUUAGGCCAGAGCCCUGGUCCACUUGUGGUUUCUAAUAGCAGCCCUGCACAUGGUUCCCAGCGAUCCAGUGUUUCAGAGUCGUCGUCGUCAUCGCUGAAAGUCAGCUCUUCUCCUGUCCCCACAUUUGAUUUACAAGAUGGUGGCCGGAAAGUCUGCCCAAGAUGCAAUGCCCAAUUUCGAGUGACUGAGGCUUUAAGAGGACAUAUGUGUUACUGCUGCCCUGAAAUGGUUGAAUUCCUCAAGAAAGGAAAAUCUCUGGAACCUGAACCAAAUAUUCAGCCUACAAAGCCUCCAUCUCCAGAAAAAACUGCAGCUGUUGCUUCACCACCCUCCUCCACACCUAUCCCUGCAUUGUCUCCACCCGCUAAAGCUCCAGAGCAAAGUGAAAAUGCAGGUGACUCGUCCCAGAGCAAACUCAUCAUGUUGGUAGAUGAUUUCUACUAUGGCAGGGAUGGCGGCAAAGUGACUCAGCUUUUGAACUUCCCCAAGGUUCCAACAUCCUUCCGGUGUCCACACUGCACCAAGAGGCUAAAGAACAACAUACGGUUUAUGAAUCAUAUGAAACACCAUGUUGAACUAGAUCAGCAGAAUGGGGAGGUAGAUGUCCAUACUAUCUGCCAGCACUGUUACAGGCAGUUCUCCACCCCCUUCCAGCUGCAGUGCCACCUAGAGAAUGUUCACAGUCCCUAUGAAUCAACCACGAAGUGCAAGAUUUGUGAAUGGGCAUUUGAGAGUGAACCAAUGUUCUUGCAGCAUAUGAAGGAUACCCACAAGCCUGGAGAAAUGCCCUACGUUUGUCAGGUCUGUCAGUAUCGUUCGUCGCUUUACUCUGAAGUGGAUAGCCAUUUCCGAAUGAUCCACGAGGACACACGGCACCUGCUCUGUCCUUAUUGCCUGAAAGUCUUUAAGAAUGGCAAUGCCUUCCAGCAGCAUUUCAUGAGGCACCAGGUAACCCAAAAGAAGAGUGUUUAUCACUGUAACAAGUGUCGGCUGCAAUUCCUAUUCGCCAAGGAUAAAAUUGAACACAAGCUGCAGCACCACAAAACUUUCCGAAAGCCGAAGCAGCUAGAAGGACUGAAACCUGGAACCAAGGUUACAAUUAGAGCAUCUAGAGGACAGCCGCGGACAGUGCCAGUAUCUUCGUCUGAUGCGCCACAGGGCACCUUGCAGGAAGCCACUCCACUGACGACUUCUACGGACCCCCAGCCCAUCUUCCUGUACCCACCCGUCCAGAGGAACAUCCAGAAGAGAGCAGUCAAGAAAAUGUCAGAACUUCUUGCUAAGUUUCAAACUAAAAGGAGUGUUCUGGGGAGGCAGACGUGCUUGGAGUGCAGCUUCGAAAUCCCAGAUUUCCCAAACCACUUUCCUACCUACGUCCACUGUUCGCUGUGUCGUUAUAGCACUUGCUGCUCCAGAGCUUAUGCCAACCAUAUGAUCAACAACCACGUUCCUCGGAAGAGUCCAAAAUACUUGGCCUUGUUUAAAAACUAUACUGCCUGCGGGGUAAAGUUGGCCUGUGCCUCCUGUCUUUUUGCAACAUCUGAAGGUGAUGCAAUGGCCAAGCAUCUGGUCUUCAACCCAUCACAUGAGUUCAGUAACAUCAUUUUCCGAGGGCCCACUUGGAUUUCACAUUCAAGGCACAGCCAGCCUCAUGACGGAAGCAUGAAGAAUAUAUACUCCACCUAUCCCCCAAGUAAAGCUGCUACUGUGAAAACAAAGCCUUUGUUAGCUGAGAAGGAUGAGUUGGAGCCUGAAGCAGUGCUAGAGGCAUAUAAGAGACCUGCAGUUAGUCAGGAGGAAGAGUGCUUAAAUAUUGAUGAUCAAGAAGAAGAACAGCCAGCAAAAGAGCCCGAACCUGUAAGCAAAAAGGAACAACUGUCCGUGAAAAAGCUUCGUGUCGUACUGUUUGCCUUGUGCUGCAACACUGAACAGGCAGCAGAGCACUUCAGGAAUCCUCAGAGGCGUAUCAGGCGCUGGUUGCGAAGGUUUCAAGCUUUCCAAGAAGACAACUUAGCAUCUUUGUCAGAGGGCAAGUACCUCAGCUUAGAGGCUGAAGAGAAGCUAGCAGAGUGGGUCCUCACACAAAGAGAGCAGCAGCUGCCUGUGAACGAGGAGACUCUCUUUCAGAAGGCAACCAAGAUUGGCCGGUCCCUUGAGGGAGGCUUCAAGAUCUCCUACGAAUGGGCGGUGAGGUUCAUGCUCAGGCACAACCUCAGCCUGCACACCCGCAGAGCAGUGGCUCACCCUCUCCCCAAAGACGUAGACGAAAAUGCCAGCUGCUUCAUUGAGUUUGUGCAACGGCAGAUCCACACCCAGGACCUGCCGCUCUCCAUGAUCGCAGCCAUUGACGAGAUCUCUCUUUUCCUUGAUGUGGAGGUACUGAGCAGCGACGACAGGAAAGAGAAUGCAUUGCAGACAGUGGGGACUGGGGAGCCCUGGUGCGACGUUGUCCUCGCUAUCUUAGCUGAUGGCAGCAUUCUGCCAACUCUGGUGUUCUACAGGGGUCAUGUAGAGCAGCCUGCCAACGUGCCGGAGUCUAUUAUAUUGGAAGCAAAGGAGAAUGGGUACAGCGAUGACGAAAUCAUGGAGGUGUGGUCUUCUAGAGUGUGGCAGAAGCACACAGAGUGCCAGAACAGCAAGGGCAUGCUGGUGCUGGAUUGCCACCGAACACAUCUGUCUGAAGAGGUACUUUCCUUACUGAAUGCAUCCAGCACUCUGCCAGCCGUAGUCCCUGCUGGCUGCAGCUCCAAAAUCCAACCCCUAGAUGUGUGUAUAAAAAGGACUGUGAAAAACUUCUUGCAUAAAAAGUGGAAAGAGCAAGCCAAGGAAAUGGCGGACUCCACAUGCGACUCGGACAUUCUCCUCCAGCUGGUUUUAUGCUGGCUGGCAGAGGUUCUGGAGGUCAUUGGCGACUGUCCUGAACUCGUGCAGCAGUCCUUCCUGGUGGCUAGCGUGCUGCCGGGCCCCGAUGGCACGGCCAACUCUCCCACACGCAAUGCCGACAUGCAGGAGGAGCUGAUUGCCUCUCUGGAGGAGCAGCUGAAGCUGAGCGAUGAGCUGCAGGACGAAGAAGUUGGAUUCCAGGACAGGACCCGUGCCGAAGAAUCUACAGACCCAGAAAUCCUCCACCAGCUCUUUGAAGGGGAAAGCGAGACUGAAUCCUUCUAUGGCUUUGAAGAUGCUGAUUUGGAUCUGAUGGAAAUCUGAGCACUAAUCUGAGAAUCAUGAUCCAGAAAGGGUUAUUUUUUAAAUAAAUGUUGGAUGAGACCAUUACACUUCCCUGUGGAUUUGUGGGAUUAGGAAAUUUGUAGGUGAUCACUCAGAUUAAUAGCCAUUUAUGCUGUUCAUUUAUAAGUUUUGUGCUUUUUUUUUUAAAAAGAAAAAAAAGAAAUCACUGUGUUGGUAUUUUCUGAAGCUAUAUUGUGGGUGAAUAUUUUUGCGUUUUCUUUACCUCACUGUAUCAUAGUUUUCUGUUUUAUUGUGCAAAAAUGUUUUGAAUUAUACUACAUCGUCAAUGUGACCAUUUCUAAAGAAAGGAAAAAAAAAUGUAGCUAAUGAACCAGUAUAUAAAUCUUUUGGUUGUCUUAACACAGAUUUUUUUUUUUUUUUUUAAACACUUGACCCAGAGAUUUAGGUUUCUGUAGUAACUUUAGAUUGAAUUAUUGCUUUAAUGUGUGAAACCUUCUAUUAUUGGCCAUUAAGAUUUGGGUUUUUGUUUCUUUUUUAAAAAAGAAAAGAAGAGCAAUGACUUUGCUUGUGAAUCUUGACACAGGGUAAAACACAAGCGAUAGAAUUUUGCCUGUUCAAUGCCAGCAACGGUUCUUAGGAGCCAUUAGUAUUUGAACUGGGGUUGAACUGAGAUCUACGUUUAGGGAGUUAGGUACAGUGUUAAAGCCAGCCUCUCGUUUUUGAGUAGACUUCAUGACAACUGGAGGACACUGUGUGUGAUGGUUUCAUUCCUCCACCCAGGAAACCAUCUGAUACCCACCCACCUUGCUCCAAAGAAUUACUGACAGAGGGUACAUGACGGAAGAGACAAGACAAGCCUGUCUUGAUCUUCCUGUACAAUAGAUGGGAGCUAAAACUAUAUGGACCAUUAAACGACCUUUUUAAACUACUAGUAGUUGAUAAAUCUGCUUUAACCAGUGGCAUCAGACACUACGUUCCUUAGAAUUAGAAAAUCUGAUUUAAUGAAACAAACUGUGAUGUGCACAAAAGGAAGACGUUUGUUUUUAUUUUUCACUGCCAGCUUAAAUUUUUCUACAAUUUGCAUGUUUGAGGGUUUUUUAAUUGUAUGUAUUAUGGUAUAAACUGAAAGCAUUUUGACAUACAAAAAUCAGAAGCACCUGCACCUUUCUGUUUCCGUAGAGGUUUUUGAGAACCUUCCCUAUUACCCAAGGAAAGCAGGAGGCAGCAUGUGCAGACCUGUAAAUGGUUCAUCUUUAAAGUGUACAUAAGUGGAACAUUUAAUAAAACCAGGGAAAUGGAUUUAUAAA